AUGCCGUUCGGCAUGUGGGCGCAUGUACUUCUACCGGUACCGAAGGCUAGGGAGAACGGUGUCUCGCCAGUUGACCUUCGGUAUGAGGUAUUGAUGGCCCAUAGUGCUUCUGGUAGUAUGGCAGGCCAAUUGCCCUUGGCGGCUCUCAGCUUCUUCUUCAAUGUUUUCUUGAUGAUCUUGUUGGUGGUUUCUACCUGCCUAUUAGAUUGCGGAUGUGCCGGAGAUGCAAAGAAGAUGCUGAUGUUGAAUCGGGAGCAGAGAUGCCGAAACCGUGAGCAGUCGAAUUGCUUGCCGUUGUCCAUCACGAUGGCGUUUGGUAGGCCGAAUCGGCAUAGGAUGUUUUUAGCUGCCGUUUGA